CUUCGCCACCAGCAGGAACUACUUUCGUAACAGUAACCACAAACAUUAUUUUCUCACCAGCACUACUCUGCGUAGGCGUCCAACAUGAUACAUUUACAACACAUAUGGGUUGUAAUGGUAUUUAUUAGGUAGAAAGUAAAACGCAUGUAAAUCGUAAAAAAAAAAUAAUAAUAAAAAAAAAAAAAAAAAAACGCACGCAGGAAGAAGGACCCAAGAAGUUUUCUCAGAUAAAUCUUUCAAGUGGACUUUUAAAAAACGCAGCAGGACAUCUAACUGGUAAUUUGUGGUCAAAGGUAAACCUAAAAAAUAUAACGUUAAUACUUCCGGUCUCGGCCUCACUCGCUUGACUCGACACGGACAACAACGUGUGCGAAAUUUACCAGGUAAAAUUGCACUAAAUUCAAGAUUUGGCUGUGUUAGAAGUGACCAUUAAUAUCUUGUAUGGUUUUCGUAGGGUUUAAAUGGUUAUUUUGGGGCGUUUUAUUCAGAGCUAACGUUAUAUACCGAAACUACUACGAAGUAAUUGACAAAACUCGGUGAGAGGUUGAUGUUAGUACAUUACUUAACUUUUUGUUGUCAUUUUUUUUUUUUCAGAUUUCCGUAAGUCAUGUGAAUAUGGAAAGAAUUGUUCAUUAAAUAGUUGAUUUAAUAUGGACCUUUCUUUUUCGGUGUUGAUAACGGGUGGAAGUGGAUAUUUUGGUUACCGAUUAGCUUGCACCCUCCAGGAAAAGGGGGCCAAGGUUACUCUGUUUGACAUAGCCCCACCCCUGCAAGAACUGACAGAGAAUGUGACAUUUUUGCAAGGUGAUGUGAGAGACUAUGGACAAGUCAAGAGAGCUGUCAUGAAUGUGGAUUGUGUGUUCCACAUUGCUUCAUAUGGCAUGUCAGGCAGGGAACAACUUAAUUGGAAGUUAAUUGAAGCCGUGAAUAUCGAAGGCACACAAAAUGUUCUAAAAGCUUGCAUCGAGCAUGGGGUGUCUAGACUGGUGUACACUAGUACAUUCAAUGUGGUGUUUGGCGGCCAAGAAAUAGAAAAUGGAGAUGAAAGUUUACCUUAUCUUCCGCUCCAUCUUCAUCCAGACCACUAUUCCAGAACCAAAUCUCUGGCUGAAAUGGCUGUAUUAAAAGCCAACGGGACAGUGCUGCAAGAUGGUUCUGGGGUGCUAAGAACUUGUGCUUUAAGACCUGCUGGUAUUUAUGGGCCUGGGGAACAGAGGCAUCUACCUAGAAUUGUAAGUUACAUUGAGAAGGGAAUUUUCAAGUUUGUAUAUGGGAAACCAAACAGCCUUGUGGAGUUCGUUCAUGUGGAUAACUUGGUGUCAGCACAUACCCUGGCUGCUGAGGCUCUGUCUGCAGAAAAACACCAUAUUUCUGCUGGUAAAGCCUACUUUAUUUCUGAUGGCCAACCUGUCAACAAUUUUGAAUUUUUUAGACCACUUGUUGAGGGAUUAGGAUACUCUUUUCCAAAUCUGCGUUUGCCAGUGACUCUGAUUUAUUACACUGCAUUUCUUCUAGAGAUGAUUCAUUAUGUGAUUGGCCCCUUCUAUAACUUCCAGCCUCUUUUGACCCGUACAGAAGUGUACAAAACAGGUGUGACACAUUACUUUAGCAUGGCCAAGGCGAUGUCAGAAUUAGGUUAUAAGCCACACAAGUAUAAUCUUGAUGAAGUUGUCCAUUGGUUCAAAAGUCGAGGCCAUGGGAGAAAGGUUCAAAGCUCUGGAUUUGGUCAAUUUAUGCUAAAUGUGUUAUUUGUUACUGCAGUUGCUGCUAUAAUACUGUCUUUCCUUCCAGUAGCUGGUAGUUGAUGAAUAGUAUUUAACUUUUUUGUCUGAUGAUAAACUUAAGAUAAUUAGAAUUAUUAUACUGAAUGUAUGCAUUCACAAAAUGUAAUUUCAUGGCAAUAUAAUGCAUUGUGUAUGCAUGCAGUGGCUAUUAUUACAUAAUAAAAGUUACUGUAAAAUA